UCUAGGUGUAACAACACAUCUUCCACAAUUGAAGCAAUCACCACUUUUCAGCUUCGGCUGUCAUUGUACUUUUGUCUUACAUCCAAGUUGCGAUCACGCCAAGUUUCUGCUACAUAUUUUCAAAUGCAAUUUUAAUCUUUCAUCGCCUCCCUAUAACCCACUUACUCAACCAUGGCCGACGACGUGACACCUCUCGCCUCGCUCUCCCUGACCCACGUCUACUACAACCCAGACGACCCCAUCUCCCUCCUCUGCGCCUGGCUCGCCCUCGCCCCCCAAGCGCUCUGCGUCGUCUACGCGACCUUGAUCUGGUCCACCCGUGAAGCCGAAGUGAUCCUCAUGUUCGCCGGCCAGCUCGCCUGCGAGGCCGCCAACUUUGCGCUCAAGCGCUUGAUCAAGGAGGAACGGCCCGCCAGGAUACACGCGACGGGAGGAAAAGGGUAUGGGAUGCCGAGCAGCCAUGCGCAGUUUGCCUUCUUUUGGGCGGUGGCGGUGGGACUGUUUUUGUUGGGGAGGCAUACGCCGAGGGAGCAGCAGCAACAAAAGCAGGGGAAAAAGAAGCAGGUUACGAAUGGGAAUACUACAAAUGGUACUGGGAACGCAGGUCCGAGUCUGUUCAAGACCCUAACCGACAGCGCCACCGACCUCGAGCGCUACGCCCACGAGCCCUGGUCCUUCGCCCACCGCGCCGUCGCCAGCCUGGGGGCGCUGGUGCUCGCGGGUGCUGUGGCAUGGAGCCGCACCUACCUGGGGUAUCACACGGAGAAGCAGGUGCUGGUGGGCUGCGGGGCGGGAACGCUAUGCGCGGUUGCAUGGUUUGUCGUCACGCACGUGGUGCGGCAGUCGGGCUUGCUGGGGCAGAUCUUGGAUUUCCCCGUUGUUAGGUGGUUCCGGGUCAGGGACCUGGUUGUCGAGGAGGAUCUGCCGCAGGCUGGGUGGGAGAAGUGGGAGGAGCAAAGGGUUGCUAGGAGGGAAGUGGAGGAGAGGAAGAAGGGGUUGUGAUGGCUGCCCUCGGGUUGUUUUCGAAGGGGUCCCAUGUUAGACAAGAGGUGGGAUGUUGGGUGUACAUAUAGGCCUUAGAGGGAGAGGAUAUACCCGGCGAAUUGAUUGAUGCUUUGUUGACGAUGGAAAGAGGAAAAUAUCGUAUGGUUGUCAGGUUGAGUCGAUAUGCUGCCUAUGGAAACUUUGCAGCUCAUUCACGCUUGACGCUUGAAGAGGUUAUAUGCGAUGACAUGUUAUAGGAUAAUCAAAACCAGA